CUAAUCUAAUGAUAUAAGAAACCUACUUGAAAUUUGAAAAUGAAGCUCUUCCACGACUACAACCAAAGACAGCAAGAGAAGAGAAGAAGAGCUGAAAUUUCCAUUUCUUCUUCUUCUCUAUUUUUAUAUAAUUCCAUUGAGAAAUCUGUUUUUGAUUGGGGAAGAGAAUGGCGGUAGGCGGCACACAGCUGAGGAAAGCAUUGGGAGCUAUCAAGGACUCGACUCAAGUCGGAUUGGCCAAAGUAAACAGCGAUUACAAGGAAUUGGAUAUUGCAAUUGUUAAGGCUACGAAUCAUGUUGAAGGCCCGGCUAAGGAAAGGCACAUACAGGCCAUUUUUUCUGCUAUUUCAGCAGCAAGACCUCGGGCUGAUAUCGCAUACUGUAUCUAUGCACUUGCUAGACGUCUCGCCAAGACACAUAAUUGGGCGGUUGCGGUAAAAACUUUAGUCGUUAUACAUCGUGCUUUGAGGGAAGUGGACUCUACAUUUCGGGAAGAACUCAUUUAUUAUGGCAGGAGCAGAAACCAUUUGCUCAACUUGGCUCAUUUUAAGGAUGAUUCCAGUUCUCAUGCAUGGGAUUAUUCUGCAUGGGUACGUACGUAUGCUUUGUUUUUAGAGGAGAGGCUUGAGUGUUUCUGUGUGCUGAAGUACGAUAUUGAGACUGAUCAGCCGAGAACCAAGGAUCUCGACUCUGUUGAAUUGCUUGAUCAAUUAUCAGCUUUGCAACAGCUUCUUUUUCAUCUCCUUGCAUGUGAGCCACUAGGAGCAGCCGUCUAUAAUAAUCUGAUCCAUGUAGGACUUUCAAUGGUUGCUGGGGAAAGUGUAAAGAUUUAUAAAGCUAUAUCCGAUGGUACAAUCAAUAUGGUUGACAAGUUCUUUGAGAUGAAGCGAGAUGAUGCCGUCAAGGCUCUUGAGAUAUACAGGAAGGCAAUGAAGCAGGCAAAGCAAUUGUCAUCAUUUUAUGAGUUAUGUAAAAGCCUUGGUCUUGGGCGGGGAGAAAGGUUUAUAAAGAUUGAGCAGCUCUCUGAAUCAUUUCUCACGGCCAUGGAGGAGUACGUGAUAGAUGCUCCACUAGCCAAGAAUCAGGAGAUGAACAACAAACUUCCAGCUCCCAAAGUGGUCUUGGCACUCGAAUAUAAGAAAGUCCCAGAAAUGGAGGUGGCACCCAAGGCAUCCCCACCACCACCUGAACCAGUUAAAGUGGAUGUUCCUGCUAUCGAACUACCUGAUCUUUUGGUAUUGGAUGAUCCAAGCCCAGUUGCAUCUGAUCUUGAUGAGAAAAACUCUAUGGCGCUUGCCAUGGUACCUGUUUCAAAUCCUUCAACAGAUGCUGCUUCUUUUGGUACUGAUCUGGCAAGUGGAACUACAGGCUGGGAAUUGGCACUCGUAACUGCUCCAAGCUCAAUUGAGGGUGCUGCAACGGCAACUAAGCUGGGUGGUGGGCUAGACAAGCUCACAUUGGAUAGAUUAUACGACGAUGCACUGAGACGAGCGAACCAGAACGUGAGCUACAACCAAUGGAACAUGGAGCCUAUGGCGGGUCCCAUGAUGCCACAAGUGGCCCACAACCCGUUCUAUGCCUCUAACGCAUUUGCAACACCUCAUAGCAUGCAGAUGGCUGCAAUGGCCUACCAACAGCAGGCCUUCCUGUUGCAGCAACAGACGAUGAUGGCCCAACAACCACAACCACCUCUCAAUCCAUUUAGCAAUCCAUACAAUGUUGGGGCACACCAGUUUGGGCCAGGUAUGCAUCCUCAUCUUCAGGCAUACAACCCAUAUGCAGGCUUUAGUUAGAACCCGCGGUCCUUGAAGCCAUCUUCUUCCCACGUUGAUGUCGAUGCAGAAAUGUAAAGUAUGUCAUGUAUGUGCAGUAAGUAAAUGUUUUGGAUUUAUUGGAUUAUUUAUGGACAUGGAUGUGAUCCUAAUAAUCUUCUGAGAGUUGGUUUGAAAAUAUUCAAUCUGUACUGAUUGAACGGUUUUAGAUGUUACCAAAAAUUCAUUACUUUUUAUUUCA